GCAUCCCAUUGGUUGAGAUACGAGCAUUAGAAUGACCUCAAUCUCAUCGGAACAUGAACACACACUCUACAGCAGGUAAAUAUAUUAGCAAGUUUAGAUGAUUCGGUCGUAGACGAACACCUUCAAAGCCUUUACACAGAGUUAGAACAAGUUUAUAACCUCUCACCUGUCAAAGUCAGUUUAUAUAUUCUCCAGGCCUUGUUAUCUGAGUGCGUUGUGUUGUGGAGCCAUGGUCGAAGUGUUCUCCGGACGAACUCUCUUGAAUAAAGACGGGGAUUUCGUUGACCCCGAACUGGCGCUGAGGAACAAAGUGGUUGGGAUCUAUUUUUCUGCGAGUUGGUGUCCACCCUGUCGAGACUUUACGCCUAUUUUGUGCGAUUUCUACACUGAACUCGUGGAAGAAGGCGAACCCCCUGCACAGUUUGAGAUAGUUUUCAUAUCGUCCGAUAAGUCGAGUGACGACAUGGUUGAAUAUUAUCAUGAUAUGCAUGGGGACUGGCUUGCCCUACCAUGGACCGAUGAUUUCAAAAAUGAACUGAAACAGCACUACAAGAUCACAGCGGUGCCCAAGCUGGUGAUAGUGAAGGAGAACGGCCAGGUGAUUACGGAUAAAGGAAGGAAACAGAUCAGAGACAAGGGCCUGGCCUGCUUCAGGACAUGGCUGGAGGCGGCGGAGAUCUUUCAAAACUUCAACAGCUUCUAAAUGGUACACAACAUUGUUGGACGAAAGGGGGAGGACACUGGGUUUAUAGUUUUUAUUUCUGUGGAAUGGUUCACCUUUUUGGAGAUGUUGCAGAAGUAAAAUGUAGCCUGGGAUGUUUUUUUUUCCUUAUUAUAACCUUUUGUAUUGUUUCAGUUUUGUUGCAAUCGAUUACAAAACUAUGCAAAACUACAUUCAGGUCCCUAAAGCAACUUAUUUUGAUUUUUUUUUUUUAUUAUGAAAACCUAUUUGUCCUUUUUUUUAGACCUGAAUGAACGCUAAUGUAGUACUAAGUGUAGUACUAGUCUACACGUAGACAAUGUUAGAAAUUAACCUCAAUAACUUGAGAUAGGUAGUGUGAUGAUGACUUGCUGCCGAAUGUACACUUAAAAAGAGCUUGACAUGUAUUCUGACAAAUGUUUGGAUAAUAUUUAUUUUUUAAAUGGUUUUAUAUAUUUUAUAUAAUUUCACAUACAUUUGAACAUGUAUUCCAGAAAUAGCACACCUUCAAAUUGGUCAUAUUACAAGAGUUAAUGAAAUAGUUUAUUUGGUUUAUUCAUAAAAACAAUAAACAAAAUAUUUGUCGCUUA